UUGCUAACGCGGCGGAUCCUGACGCGGUGCCGCCGCGGCGGGGCGGAGGGGGAAGCAGCCGGUGGUGGUGGAGCCGCGGGCAUGCUGCACGCUGACGGCGGAAAAGGCUGCAGGACUUCCUCUGGCCAGUGAUUCUCUCCAUUUGGAAGCAGUUUCGGGGCCACCUGUCACCUGCGCAGACAUGUCGACCGCGUACAAAAACAGAAUCCAGGAGUUCAAAGCAGCUCUGAGUGAAAAACACAUCAACCUGGAGACGCUGAGGGAGCUGUGCUUCAAUGGGAUCCCGUUUGAAGGAGGCAUCCGUGCGCUCUGCUGGAAGAUCCUCCUCAACUACCUUCCUGUGGAUCAGACGCUAUGGGAACCUUUCCUCAAGAAGCAGAGAGAUCUGUACUCUCAGUUCCUGAAAGAAAUGAUCAUCCAGCCGGGCAUCGCCAAAGCCAACCUGGGUCUGUCCAGAGAAGAUGUCACCAUGGAGGAUCACCCUCUGAAUCCAAACCCAGACAGCAGGUGGAACACCUACUUCAAAGAUAACGAGAUCCUUCUGCAGAUCGACAAAGACGUCCGGCGUUUGUACCCGGACAUGGCGUUCUUCCAGCGCCCCACGGAGUACCCGAGCCAGCUGAUCCUGGACCCCCAAAACGAUUACGAGACGCUCCGUCGGCGAGUGGAGCAGACCACCCUGAAGGCUCAGACGGUGAACCGUAACCGCAGCGGGGUCACCAACGUCAGCUCUCCAGGGAAGGCUCUGAACUUGUACCCGUCAAACGAGUAUGAGGUUCUGCCCAGCGGCAGCGAGGCCCACUGGGAGGUGGUGGAGCGCAUUCUCUUCAUCUACGCCAAACUCAACCCCGGCAUCGCCUACGUCCAGGGCAUGAACGAGAUCGUCGGGCCGAUCUACUACACAUUCGUCACCGACCCGAACACGGAGUGGAAAGAGCACGCCGAAGCCGACACCUUCUUCUGUUUCACUAACCUGAUGUCGGAGAACAGAGACAACUUCAUCAAGAGCCUGGAUGACUCCCAGUGCGGCAUCACCUACAAGAUGGAGAGCGUCUACGCCAUGCUCCGGGACAAAGACCCUCAGCUCCUCCUCAAGCUGGAGGAGCAGAACAUCAAGCCUCAGUACUUCACCUUCCGCUGGCUCACCCUGCUGCUGUCCCAGGAGUUCCUCCUGCCAGACGUCAUCCGCAUCUGGGACACGCUGUUCUCUGACAAAGACCGCUUCGACUUCCUCAUCCUGGUGUGCUGCGCCAUGCUGAUACUCAUCCGCAGCGACCUGCUGGCAGGAGACUUCACGGUGAACAUGAGGUUACUGCAGGAUUACCCCAUCUCAGACGUGCACACCAUCCUGACUAAGGCCAAGGAGCUGCAGGACACCUCCUAACCUGCUGGGGUUGUGCCGUUGGUGAAGGUUUAAUGUUGUGGAUGGACCUGAAGACGUUGGAUGGAGAGUCCCACCGCUCUGGUUUCUGGACGUGCAGAAGCCUCGGGGUGGUGUGGGCGUGUUCUGGGCAGAGCCUCCAGCUGUUGUGGUUGCUCAGAACGUUGUGAGCUUCAGCGGGGAGACGAACGUCUGCAGAUCCAGUCUGAAAUUGGACCAAACCAUCGUAUGGAGACUCCCCUGAGCAAACGCGAUCAGGAAGACAUUUCUGUUCCUUAAGGGUUUUAUUUGUAAGUGAAACGUGUCCGCCUUACCUGCUUAUGAUGUGAAACACCACAUGAAGACUGGAACAUGUGGAGGUCGGAGGGCGCCCCCAGAUGGCAGUCACACGUUUGUGACCUGAGGUUCCUCACCAAAUGAAGCUUUUAAAAUCCAUCUGUUGGAUGCCUUAGCUCUGGCAGGUUCUGGUCCGAUCCAGAUCCGGUUUCCUCUGCGUGAACGGGUAGUGAUGGAGCUGCGGGCCUUUUCCUGUCCUGGUCAGGCUUUGUUUUGGCCAACGGCGCCUCAAAUCAACUGCGUGAUUAUUCCAGGUGGUUUGGUCCUCUUCAGUGUGCCGAGAGGAGGGAGGGGCAUUAUCAUUCCAGUCCAGUCUCCACCACUGACCCGGGGAGGAAGAGACCCCAGAAAAGUUUAGAUGUCCGCUUCGUUAGUGACCUAAACUAGGACACGCCGGUCUAAUUCACCCACGUGCAGCGGACGUGCCCGUGAGACCUUCAGAACCGUAAACCAGAGCAGAUUCUGGAGUCAGUUUGGUUCCAGCUCACGAUUUAAGAUUGAUUUCUCCUUUUUUAUGAAGAAUCUAACUUUGCCAUGAUUGGAGGUUAAAGCCAAACAAAAGUAGAAUCUUUAUUUACAAAUUAUAAAGUCUUACGUUAAAAAAGUAAGAGAAUUUUUUUUAAGUCUAAAAUGCAAAAAAAAAAAAAACAAAAGCUCCAAAGGGAAAGGGACCUGUGGAUUUCCAGAUUCCACAUUGAAGCAUGUGAAAGUCCAAACACCUGAACCGGUUUCGGGUUCUGAGGAAACCUGCAGAGGAAAGCAGCUCCACAGUGAAGCAGACAGACUUCUGAAAGUACUAAAGUUCUUUUUUUCCCCUCCAGACUGGUGUUUGUAUUUCUGACUGCUUCGUGCGCGCGCAUGAGAUGUUCAGUGUCUCCGUUUUUUGUGGGUUAUUUGCAUGAUUUCAAUUUUGUAAGCAGAUUUUGUAAAAAGAAGAAAAUGGUGAAACUGCCAUGAAUGUUUUUAUGUUUGCUGAUGAUGUGCAUUAAAAUCAACGGUGGAAAAAA